CCAAAGAAAUGAUGCAAAAAACAACUACAAGAAAUUCUAAAAUUCAAACAAAACGAUUCCAAAAUUCAUCAACAACGAAUUUAUCAGUGAAGAAAAUUUCUAAUCAAAAAUCGACACCAGCUAUUAUCAUUAAGGGUAAAAAGAAUGUAUCGACAACCAAAUUAGCAAUAAGGAAAACAAAUUUAGAAAUGAAAAAGUUUUCAGCGAAAAUCAAUAAUUCGUCACGAUCAAAUAAGCUGAACAAAAAUGUAAAUAUAAAAAAUUUUCGGCCAAUAAAACGUCGAUUAAUUACGACGACAACAACAAAACAUUCCGUAAAACAUGAUUUAAAAUUGAUAAAAUAUAAAUUUGUUGAAAAUUCUUUUGUUGUCAACAACAACGACGACAACGAUGAUGAUUUUGAUUUUGAUGAUAACGAUUUCUUACGUUCCACAUUAGAUUCAUCGUCAUCAUCAUCAUCAUCAUGGUCCAUAGGGACAAACGAAACAACAACCGAAACAAAGUCAAAAACAUUAUCGAUAAUAUUAUCAUUAAACAAUCAUAAUAAUAAUAAUAAUCCUUUAACUACAAAACGGUGGUCAUCAAAAGAGAUCAAUUAUAGCAGUGGUGGUAGUAGUAGCAUAAUCGAAGUAUUUGGAUAUCUAAAUCUGGAACAAUUCUGUGCUGAGCUUGAGGGGUUAACAAAUCUUUAAAACUUUUGAUUUUUUUUAUUGCUUUUUGUUGUCUUCUUGGAUAAUAAAAAAAAAUGUUUUCUUGC